AGUCGGCCGACACCUGCCCAAUAGGCUGGUGGCCGCCGCCACGCGCGCACAUACGCAGCACCGCUCCGCGCCACCACCGCCACCCGUUCGACCCGUGGGUCGGCGUUGACCGCCACGACGUCACUGCGCCGAUCGAUUCGCGUCCGGCAUCUUGGACGGCACCACUGACGCCGAUAAGACCACCACUCUUUCUUUGGAGGUCGAGCUAUGUAGAACAAGAUGCAUAUUACUUCAGGACUAUCCCCGGCGUCAGGCGAGAUGCUGGAUACCUCUACGUUAAACUUCUACGGCGAUUCUGGUGAUUGUGGCACCACAUAUUUCCAGAUAGACCACGCUGUUCCGGAAUCUUCUCACACAGUCGAAAUAGAAUACGUGUACGAACAACCCGAAACAAAUGUUCAAAAAGUUGCAGAUACAGUAAAAACUAAACCAGAAACUAACGCAUCAAAGCCUAACGAAGUGGAUAGUUUUACGAAAAAGAUAAAAAGCAAGCACAAGCCUCAAGUAGUAGACGAUACAGAGACGGACUUGACGAAUUUAACAUGGCUGCAAAAUAUAACGAACAUUAUGGCGCUACCACAAUUUCCUAUACCGCCGAUGUCGCCAAACCCUCAAGUGAAGACGCAGCCGCCGAACACGAGGCUGCAGAAGUUUAACCAAACGAUAGCUAAAUGCCAAAGGGAUUUCACGGAGAACAAAGAACAAUACCAGAACGACAGCGAGAAGAAACCACCUUACUCGUAUAGUACGUUAAUUUGUAUGGCAAUGAGGUAUAACAACGACAAGAUGACACUCUCAGCGAUCUACUCCUGGAUACGCGAUAACUUCAAAUAUUAUAGGAACGCUGAUCCCACUUGGCAGAAUUCCAUUCGACACAACCUGUCGUUGAAUAAAGUCUUUGUAAAAGUGGCGAGAUCGAAACACGAGCCUGGCAAAGGAGGUUUUUGGAAGCUAGACCUCGCCCACUUGGAAGGAACUAAACGCAUAUCCAAUAGACCUCACAAGAAAAAGAAACUUCCAGGCGAAACCAAGGAUCCUAAAUCAUCUGAAGAGAGUGUCGCCGUCUCCAAUAUUCCACAAGUUGAAUUCGUUGAUGAAAUGGCCGCAGAUAACAAUGCUGUGACACUACAUCUUCCUGAAUUUACACUGAACGGUAUACAGCCUAUUUCUGAUAUUGAUUUGGAGACAAACAUAGGUGCUAAUGUGAUUGUGGAGCCAGUGGCGCCCCCUCCGCUCAUUCAAGAAGAUGAUUUAUCCUCACUGCUCCUGAACCCUACAGAUUGGGAUGAUUUGCAACUGGAUAUGCUCGAUAACUAUCUGGAUUCAUGUUUCAAGUAAGAUCGUGUUAAGUUUGUUUUACUUUAAACCGAUUAGGCUGAUUUCUCAUUUUGUAUAGGUGUUGCCCGUUACAAUUAAGUUUUAUCAAGAUAUCUUUUGAUUGACAAGAAGUAGGUGGCUUUUAGGACUUUAUACUUUAUAAUACUGUAAAACUCGUCUAGUCAAGGCUCAUGCGAAAGAGUGGCAUUCUCUCUUGUAGAAGAAAAUGUAUAUAUAAUAUGUAUUGAUAUAGUAAUUGUAAUUAGAUUACGUAGUGGAUCUUGCACAAUUUAUUUUAUUUAGAAAUGAAAAAAAGCUUGUGAAUACACAAAGAGUAUUAAAUACUUCAAGCUCAAAUCACUAUUAAAAUGGUUUUGCUCAAAAUGAAAAUUUCAGUAUUAAUGAUAAAUCAUUUGAAACGGCAGUAAUGUCAAAAGAAAAUAAAGAUAAUAUUUUACAUUUUUAUAAAGGUUUCAUAUGGGAUGGUAAUGAAGAAAAGAAUUACUUUAAAAUUACUUCAUUACCUAAAUUAUACGGAGGUUUUAAUAAUAACAUUACAAAAAAAUACAUAUUUAACAAAUUACGCUAUGUUUCCGUCCGAAAUAAAAAUAUUUAGCUUUAAAUUUAUUGAAAGAAAUUGUAUAUUAAUGGCUCUUAUGACGUAUUUACCGCUCAGUAUUAUUACAAUAUUUAUGUAUUAAAAGUUUUUUGUAGGUAACUAAGUGUGGCAAUAUGUGUUAAAAAAAUAUAUAUAAAAAUUAUUUACGUCGAAUUAUCAGGCAUCCGUCCAGUAUUAAUAAUUAGUGCAUCUAAUCAGUAGCUGCAUUGUGGGUAAAUUUUGCUCAGCACAAAGUGUCUUUUGUCUCAAUUUAAAUUUAUAUGUAUAUUUAACAUUUUUUUAAAUGUUUUUAGUGUAAUGUGUAUAACUUUUGCAAAAGCACAAAACUCGAUUUAGAAAAUCGUAAAAAAUUAUGUGUAGGCAAAAUAAGUUAAUGGUAAACAAAUAAAUCUUCCGUCCAAGAGUGUCUUGAAAUUGAAACAAGCAAUGGAGUAAGUAGUAUGAUAAAAAUAUAAUUAUUUGAUAACAUUCAAAGUAUCUGCGUGUAUUAUGAAACCAAAUUGCAUGUAAUAAGUAGCAAUAAUUGAGGAUUGCAAUGCAUCUUUUAGUAUAUCAGUCUGUUAGGAUUUCGUUACAUGUUUUUGUUGUAAUUUAAUUUAAUUAAUUUAAUUUAAAUAAUAAGUGAUUCGUUAUAGUUAAGUCAACAUUAAAUUAAAACUCUAGUCCUCAAGACUUUAUAAUUGAGUAAGGUUGUAUGUAAUAAAUACAACAAUAAUACUUUUUAUUAUCAAAAUCAGAAUUAAAUUAUUAACUUUUUUUUAUAACUUUUGGAAUUAAAGCAAAUUAAAUAAUCUAUCUAAAUGUAUUGAAUGUAAUAUCGCUGGUAUGUACCUAUUGAUGUACGCGACUGUACCUACAUAAAAAAGCUAAUGUUAAAGUGGAGGUUUUUUUUACAUUGAACGAAAUUUUUUAAUAUAAAAUAUGUUCCAUUUAUUUUCAACUUAUACGUAAUUUUUUAGUUCUUACAACAAAAAUAUUGAUUGGUGAAUGAUCUCAGCUCUUUUUUCCACAGUUUUUACUACCUACAAUGAGUGAUUUUAAAAUUGUAAAUAUAUACACGUGCAUACGAUUGUACUUAUUUAGUGAUUCAUGAAAUGGUUGUUUGAAAACAAGGCUCAAAAAUGUCCUGUGCGCAAUAUUUCAUGUUUAGAAGUGU